UUUUUUUAAUAGGGAUCGAAUAUUCCUCGCCAAUUCUUCGCAUAUUUGGUGAAGGCUGAUCCGCGACCGGGAUCGGAUCCCUUGUUGUGAACAUGCCUAGCCUGCGACAGUCGUACACGGUGACGGUACCGGAGAGCCUGCGACAGUCGUACACGGUGAGGGUACCGGAGGAGCCGCCGGCCGCCGCCUUCCCGUUCCUCAAGCAGGAGAUGCAGAAGGCCAGCAUGUCCGGCUCGGUGCUCGUCUCCACUUUCGUGGGACUCCUCAUUAACCAGGCGAAGAACUCCAAGAGUGCACAAGGCCUUGUGGGAUUGCGCAACCUGGGAAACACAUGUUUUAUGAAUAGCAUCCUGCAGUGUCUUAGCAACACACACAGUCUGAGAGACUACUGCCUGCACAACUCGCACCGCAGAGACCUUAACAACAACAGCCGCACCAACACAGCCCUCAUGGAAGAAUUUGCCAAGCUGCUCCAGACCAUGUGGAUGUCGUCCAACAGCGAUGCUGUCAGCCCGUCUGAGUUCAAGACUCAAAUCCAGAGAUACGCACCCAGAUUCGUAGGAUACAACCAACAGGACGCUCAGGAGUUCCUGCGCUUCCUACUGGAUGGCCUCCAUAACGAGGUCAACAGAGUAUCUGUCAGGCCCAGAGGCACCUCUGAGGACUUUGAUCACCUCCGGGACGAGGAGAAAGGGAAAAAGAUGUGGAGCAAAUACCUGGAGCGAGAGGACAGUAAAAUAGUCGACCUGUUUGUGGGCCAGCUGAGAAGCUCGCUAACCUGCAGUCAUUGUGGCUUCUGUUCAACAGUCUUCGACCCCUUCUGGGAUCUCUCGCUGCCUAUCGCCAAGAAGGGCUACAGUGAGGUGAGCCUGAUGGACUGCAUGAGGCUGUUCACCAAGGAAGACGUCCUCGACGGUGAUGAGAAGCCUACCUGCUACAGAUGUAAAGCCAGGCGACGGUGCACCAAGAAGUUUACGGUACAAAGGUUCCCCAAGAUCCUCGUGCUCCACCUUAAGCGCUUCUCUGAGGCCCGCAGAACAAGCAAACUCUCCACCUACGUCAACUUCCCCAUGAAGGAGCUGGACCUGCGGGAGUUUGCCUCAGGGAACGGCACCAAUGCCGUGUACAACCUGUAUGCCGUGUCCAACCACUCAGGCACCACCAUGGGCGGCCACUACACGGCCUACUGUCGCAACCCCACCUCAGGUGAAUGGUACAGCUUCAACGACUCCAGGGUAACGCCAAUGUCCUCCAGCCAAGUGCGCAGUAGUGAUGCGUACGUGUUGUUCUAUGAGCUGGCCUCCUCCUCACGGAUGUAAACCCCCCCCGUCAACCCCAUCUCCCCCCUCAUCCUCUCCUACGAUGACGCUGAACGACAGGAAGGCCAAGGCGCAACAGACACAGACACACACGCAGACACACGCAAAUGCACACAGACAUACACACACACACACACUCAGACACACACACACAAGCAAAUGCAGUGAAAAUAAAUAAAUCUCAUUAUUUUCUUCCUCAACCCAUCUGGUCAUUAUCGUCCAAUUCCGCUGAAACAGUGUGUGUGUGUGUGUGUGUGUGUGUGUGUGUGUGUGUGUGUGUGUGUGUGUGUGUGUGUGUGUGUGUGUGUGUGUGUGUGUGUGUGUGUGUGUAUUUGAACAGAUCAGAAGUCUCCCUCUAUGCACUGCAAAAUGAACCGAACUCUCAUCCCAACAGCGCCUUUACUUCACACAAAAACGGAUCUUCUCGUUUGCCUCAAACAUUUAAAUUAAGACAUUUUCUCCCCAAGAAAUGUCUCUAAUUUUGGCUUUGUGUGUUUUGAUUUGGAUCUUUUUGUAUGUUCUAGUUUUGUUUAUCUGCAAUGUCCCUCAUUAUCACAAGGUUAUCAUGACAUUGUUAUCCAUUAUUAAUUGCCAUGGCGUUAUUUGAAAUAUUCUAUGUUGACAGUUCCUGCAAUGAUGGUUCCGAUGUUACACUCUCACUCUACCAGCCCUUCCACUGCGGUACCACACUCCUUUACGUUAUAACAUGCUUGCUCUCUCUCUCUCUCUCUCUCUCUCUCUCUCUCUCUCUCUCUCUCUCUCUCUCUCUCUCUCUCUGUUGGGAGGCCGGUGGCACUGUGAGUGUUGCACUGUCUAAGAGACACCAUAAUACUCUGUUGUUAUAGUUUUUUUAUUUGUAGUCUUUUUUUUUCCCACUGCUAAUGAUGUUUUAACAGUACUGUGAAUACAUGAAUGAAUGGACAUAUUGUGUAUGAACAUAUUAGAAGACAACAUGCUGACAAUGAGGACUUUUACUUGCAGCACAAGAUCCUUUCUUCCUCUUCUUCUUGUUUCUUUGCCAUUGAACAACAUGGAAAGAAUGUUUUCAAGAAAAAAGAUCACAAUAUCAGUAUAUUUUUAUAUCCUGAUGCAAUAUGGAGAAUGUACUAUACAGUGGUGCUGAAAAUGACCCAUAACUGUUUUCAGUUGGUCAAUUUAACAAGUUUCAAGAGAGAUUAAACAAAAAAUGAUAUUUAUGCUUACAGUUGAUAAUGUGAUGUGUCACUUUUUAACAGUCGCAGUUAUAAGUAUAUACUUGUGAAUAAAUAAAUUAUAUACCUACAACUGGUUUUACUUUUAAAGCAAUGUGUCUUUGUGGAUUCUUGUUCGAUGUCUGGAAGAUAAAUGGAUUUGUAGACAAUUGUUCCUCAUAUAAACUGCUGGGUUAAACGCAACUGGAAGGAUUAACUGGAAUAUUUAAAAUAC